ACCCGGAAAUCAGGGUUCUUAUGUUGUGUUGGGAUUUACCGCCGUCAGCGUAACGUUAAUGAAACGCAGAGAGGCGUCUGUUAUUAUUUCAAUAAUAACUUAUUGAGUUAAACCGUGACUGUCGGAGCUCGUAAACACGCAGCGAGGAAAUGAAACGGUGUAUUGUAGUUUUGUUGCAGUUUCUGUUGGUGGGACAAAUCAAGAGCUGGGAUGACGGCAGCGUGCUGCUGCGGGACAUCCAGGUGUUGACUCUGUACAAGGGCCGCUACACCACAGCGAGGCGCUCCAGCCCCGUGCCUCAGCUCCAGUGUGUUGGCGGCUCCGCAGGCUGCCAUGCCUUCGUUCCAGAGGUGGUCCAGUGCCAGAACAAAGGCUGGGAUGGAGUGGAUGUGCAGUGGGAGUGUAAGACUGACAUGGACAACGCCUACCGGUUUGGUCGCAUUGAGGUGAGCUGUGAGGGCUACAACCACCCUACUGAUGCCCACAUACUGAAGGGCUCCUGUGGGCUGGAGUACACACUGGAACUGACCGCAGAGGGCAGGAGGUCAACACAAGACAGCUGGGGCUCCCACGGCGGAUUCAAGGAAUUUGGAGGUUUUGGGGGCAUUGCCUCCAGUAUUUUCAGCGGUCUCUUUGGAAACCAGCAUCAGCGUCACCAGCAGAGCCAUCAGAGCCAUCAGAGCCAGCAGAGUCAUCAGAGCUCUUACCCCUCAGGCAGCGGGGACUCUGGAGGCUUGCUGGUGGUCGCUGUGCUUCUGCUCUUGGCUUACGGAGUCUACAAGCUGUUCCUCAGCGGUAACAUGCCACAGUGGGGGCAGGAUGGCAGACAGGCUGGUUACCAGGGAGAUAAUCGCCAAGGCUACGCUGCAGGACCACCACCCCCAGGAUUCAAACCUGACUUCACAGGCAACCCUGGUGCCAACCCAGGCUAUGGUUUCCACAGUGACUACACUCAGGGACAGCAGUACCCAGGAGGCCAAGCUCCUCGUGGCACAGGAGGAAACUUCUGGACCGGUAUGGGAACAGGAGGGAUGCUGGGUUACCUGUUUGGCCGAGGAGGUCAGAGAAACCAGCCGUACAACUAUAACUCCUCAGCUUAUACUGACAACAGGCGUCCUGCUGCUGGAGGCUCCACCUCUUCUUCUGGGACACGCACUGCUUCAGGUUUUGGAGGAACCAAGAGAAGAUAGAAGCUGUGAAACAUGAUGGACGGCACUGAGAUGAAUAUAAGACGAGCUCCGUGUUGGCUGGAAGGUCAGACAUGACAAAAGCAGCAUGAAAAGACCCUCUCUCUAUGCAGGGAUGAACUUAAUGUCAAACAACAGUGGCAAGUGCUUCUGCGUUCCUCUGGAGAGGUCGCUCUGAUGUCAGCUGCUGACAGGAAGCAGCUUUUUUUCUGUGAAAGUGUGAUUUGAGCUUUAGUGCUGUGAAGAAAAUGGUUUUACCUUUAUGAGUUUUAACAUGAUCUUGCACUUUGAUUUCCUUUUUAGCAUUUUGAAGGCAAGAUAACAUUUCAGUGGGGGUAACAGUUAUAAAAUAUACGUAUUUUAUUCAUGUAGCCUUGUUAAGGAAAUAGCUGUUUUCUCUCUCUAAGCGUCUGUUGACUUUCUUUGUGUGAAUGCAUCUAUAUGGACAUGAAUAACCUGUUUAUGAGGCACGUUUAUGAUCAUAUUCAGAAUAUGGUGUUAACAUUAGCACAGAGAAAUCAAGUUAUUCAUAUUCCCUGUAUACAUAA